AUGUUUAAAUUCAUAUCUUGGCUCUCUCGUUCUGGUCGAAAGAGCGCUCAAACAAAACCCAAGGAAACAGAUUCCACGAUUAAUCAAGAACCAGUCAUCACCGAGGGUGACGGUUCUCGUCCUCCCCCGUAUCCACAGGAACAGGCAUUCACUCCCGGAAUCGAAGCACUCUGGAGCCCACAAGGGAGUAAAAUCGAUAUCGUCUUGGUCCCUGACCCAGGUGCUGGUCCCGUCACUGCUGAGCCGUGGCCCAAGACUCUUCUUCCAUCCGAAAUGCCUGCAGCUCGUAUUCUCGCUUUUUCUUAUGCGCAAAAUACAACUGACCGAAAGACCGGGGUUUUGGAAAAGUUUAUUUGUGACCUCGCGGUGAAUUUCCUGGAUUCUCUUUCAUCGUAUCGUGAGAAGGACUACACAAAUGAACGACCGAUCGCAUUCUUUUGCCACGCAUUGGGUGGACUUGUCUUGUUGAACUCGAGCGAGCAGAGAAAGCCUGCCCUUUGCAAAAUUUUUGCUUGCACCCGUGGUAUUAUUUGUCUUGGCACACCAUUCAAUGGAACUGGUCUUGCUAAUUGGCUUCAAUCCAAACACGAUUAUAUCGGUCUCUCCAAGCAGGAGAACAUCGAGACCGUCGAUUUUCUCAGGAAUAACUCAGACCAGAUAUUUGACCGGAUUACAGACCAAUGGAAGCGUAUAGUUAACAAACCUCGUGGGAGAUUAUCGCCGAUCGAUGCAACUUUUUUCUACGAGGAGUCGCUUCCAGAUGUUGACUGUUUCAUGCAAAAAGUCUCAGCCACUCUACUAGGUUGUUCUUUGAUUGGAAUUCCCUGUAAUAACGGGGAUAUGACGAAAAUCACCAAUGCUGGCGACCCCUUGUUUCUAGCCAUUUCUGAAAAGCUGCAUCAUUUGGUUGCAGAUGCAGAUACAAACGCAAGGCACCAGGAAAUUCCAUCAACUGCACAGUACCCUCUCACUGUUGCAAACCAGACUGGCAACCACAACUGCCAGUACAAUAAAUUUGGUACCUUUGAUGACCAGCAGAAAAUUGUGGAAGGUAGUUAUUUUGAUGCGAAGGGAGAUCAGUAUUUCAGCUGGUAG